GGGCAAAUGAAUUUAAAUUUGGAGGGUAAACUGCAGGGUUUCAAAAAAUUCAAAUUUGGAGGGUAUAUAUGGUGAAGCGUUCAUAUACAAUGUUACAUAAGCUGCAAGUUUGCAGGGUAAACUGCAAAUUUGCAUUUUUGUUAACACUUGCAGGGUACACCGCAGACUUUUGGCUCUGUGAAAGGAUUGUUUUAUAAAUUCUAGAUUCACAAUCCAGGUUGAUACAUGUUAAAAUAGUUAUGCAUACGCAAAUAAACAUGCUGGAUUCAUUUGAUCAUUUUGCUCGCAUAAAAUGCUCGUGAACAUGAAUCGUUUCAUUUCCUUUUCUAUACUUGUCAGAAUGUAACUUGUAUUCAUCAGGAACCAAAUAAAACCCGGUUCCAGUAAUAUACAACCAUGUCUAUGAUUAUUAAAAAAUAUGAUCAUUUAUGAUUGGGUAUCCAAUUAUCAUUCGUUGAACAACAUCGAUUGUUGGCUCGAGUAUCCAAAUCAUCAUUUGUGACAAUAUGUUUAUAUAGCCAAUAAAAUUAUGGAUAAUGACUCAUUUCAACAUCAAAACUAUUUCGAAAAUUUACCAAACAUUCCAACUUAUACAUCGAUUAUUUCAUCAUAUCCUUCUGUGAACCAUCGAAAUCAUUAUUCGAACAAUAAAAAUGUAAAUAUUCAACAAACUCCUGUACAGCUGCAAUCGAAUGAACAAUCAAUGAUAAAUGAUGGAACAGAAAAAAUUGCAUUGGAAGAAGCAAAAAAUUAUCUGAUACAAUUGAAACAAUUAUUUCAAAACUAUGAAGGUAGUCCACUUUCGGCGUUGGAUGAAUGUUUGAAUUUUAUUGGACAAAAAUUGAAUGAAAGCAAAGAUAAGAAAAAACGAAUUCGUAAUGAACAAAAAUAUUUAGCCAAUAUCAACAAAUUGAAACGAAAUAGUGGUCAAGAAUAUGUAACCCGAAAAUCUGUGGUGGUUGCAUCGAAAGAAAUUAUAAUCAGGCCAUGUUGCUCAAAAAAUUGUCAAGAUAAAAUCAGUUUGGAAACCCGAGAACAGAUUUUCAAAGAUUUUUGGAAAAUGGCCAAUUUUAGUAAACAAAAUUUUUACUUGAAGGCUGUGGUUAGAUCAAAGACACCAAAACGACGACGUUCGAAUACUGAAAAAAGACAAGUUUAUUAUCAGUAUUUUCUUACAUACUUAAACAAAAGUGUUUUGGUGUGUAAACGAUUCUUCCUGGACACAUUUAAUAUAUCGGAAGGGAGAUUGGCCCGUGCACUCAAACAAUCCAUACCUGGUGCCGAUUUCCGUGGACGAUCAGCUAAUUCUAGUCGAAAAACACCGGAAACAAAAUUGGCUGCUGUACGUGAACAUAUAAUUUGUUAUAUUGAUUAUAUUAAACAUUAUGAACGUACCGUCAGGGAAAAUAGUCACGUUAGCAAGAAUAAUUGUCCCAUAAUCAAUGUACAACGUAUGUAUAAACUUUACACAAGAAAAUGUGAAGACGAAAGUGUUGAAGUUGUCGGCAUAAGUGUUUAUCGAAAUACAGUCAAAAAUGAUUUUAUUAUGGAACAAAAGGAAAUGAUUCCUAGUGAUGAUUAUUGUACAAUCUGUGAUUCACUCAAAUCGAAAAUCUUGUCCAGUCACAAUGAUGAUGAUAGGAAUAGAAAUGAAUCUGAACUCAAUUCACAUCUAAUACGUGCGGGGACUAUUCAGAAAUAUGUUGAAAAUUUUGUUUAACUUGAAAUCAAAAUGUUCAUUAUUUUUUUAAAUAAUAAAACUAUUUAUUAAU